UGUCAAAAUGUGUCGCCCGCGACACGACGUUGUUCUGAGAACGGGGCUUGAGACUCUGGUCCGAAAUGACAUCCAAAAAUGACAUUUGUCAUUGUCAUUGUCACCAUUGACAGAUCGACACGUUUGUGACAGAUUUUUAUGACGUGAAUUGUUUUUAUUCCGGUUGUUUCUUCAUGGUUUUGUAAGGUUCUCACUUUCUAACAAUAUUUUUAUUUUCGUAAACAUUGUGAUAUAUAGUUUUAACAUACAAUAUGCAUCUCUGGACGUGUACUUUAAUAUUCCUUUCAUAUAUGUUUUCUGUCCAUUGUAUAAUGUGGAAUUUAGAACCGAACACUCAAAAAUGUUUGAAAGAAGAACUACAAGGCAAUGUGCUAGUUCGCGUAGAAUUUGAAGUUACAGAACAGCCAGGACAAUCAGUAGAUUUUCAUGUAGUUGAUUCAAAAGGUAACACACUUCAGAAAGGUCAAGAUGUUGUUAAAAGAAAGUUUACCUUUAACACAGAUAGUUAUGAUGUAUAUGAAAUUUGCUUUGUGUCUCGUGUACCACCACAUACAAAAGGAAUGACCCAAUUAGUAACAUUAGUAACUAAGCAUGGUGUGGAAGCUACAAGUUAUGAUGCAUUGGCUGAAGCUGCAAAUUUGAAACCUAUAGAAAAAGAAUUGAAAAAGCUUGAAGAUCUUUCAAAUGCAAUUGUUAAUGACUUUGCAUUUAUGAGAAAGCGUGAAGAGGAAAUGAGGGAUACAAAUGAAUCAACAAACAUGAGGGUACUAUACUUUUCUGCAUUUUCAAUGAUCUGUUUAUUAGGUUUAGCAACAUGGCAAGUACUAUACCUCAGAAGAUAUUUCAAAGCUAAAAAGCUGAUUGAAUAGCAUAUUAAAUCAUUUAGUAAUUUUUUAUUUAUUUAAGUCUUGGUUGGUUUAUAUAUUUUUUCAAAAACUUUUGGAAGUUAUCAUAAUAAAGACAUUUUAUUUCAAUAAUAUGAAUCAGUUUAUUCUUCUGAUUAUAAUUCUUUUUGUGUACAUAUAAAGCAAUUAAUGUAAACUUGGAUUUAAACAAUUGUAGAUAUAUUUUUAACAUGGCUUUUGAGAAUUUUUUUGUAAACAUACAAAUGUUAAGACAUGAUAGUGCUAAUUUUGUUUCUAAUAUAUGAAUGUGGCAAUAUAUUAUUUUGAUUUAAAAA